AUGGAGGAUCUCCCGGAGCCACUGCUUGCAGAUAUCAUCAAGAGGAUUACCGUGUCGAGUGAUCUCAAUUCUCUUUGCCUCGUGUCAAAGCGCCUCUGCGCCGCCGAGGCGGAGCAUAGGAGUGCUAUCCGUGUUGGCUGUGGUGUUGACCCUACAACGGAAGCCUUGACGUCACUGUUCUCCCGGUUCUCCAAUUUGUGGAAAGUGGAGAUCAAUUACUCUGGUUGGACGCCCAGUCAUGGGGACCAGGUGAACAACCAAGGCAUCCUUGUUCUAUCGCAUCAUUGCCCCUUGCUGUGUGAUGUCACCUUAAGCUUCUGUGCACACAUUGAUGAUGCUGGUCUUAGUUAUCUAGCUUACUGCAAAAAGUUGAGGUCCCUCAAGCUGAGCUUUGCACCAGCAAUAACUUCUACUGGGAUUUUCCGAGUGGCCGUUAGUUGCUGCUAUCUCUCUGUUCUCCACCUUGUUGACUGUAUAGCAAUAGACAACGUGGAGUGGCUGGAGUACCUUGGGAGGUAUGGAUCAUUGGGAGAACUUGUUGUGAAGGAUUGUGAUGGAAUCAGCCAGUAUGACCUCCUAAAAUUUGGUCCAGGAUGGAGGAAGCUCCAAAGGUUUGAGUUUGAGGUUAAUGGAACUUACUGGUUGAGUGAGCCCCGUGACCCCUCCUAUGUGUCUGGCUACCCAUAUGGCUACGACCUCUGCUGUGAUAGUUUGAAGGAUCUUAGGUUGGCUCAUAUUAUAACCGAUCGAGAAAUUGGGCUUCGUUUUCUACUGGGGAAGUGCAACACAUUGGAGACACUUUACCUGGAGUAUGUUAUUGGUCUACAUGAGAAUGAGAUGAUUUCACUAUUCCAGAGGUGCAGCAACCUUAAAACCGUCUCACUUCGACUCAAGCCUCUGCACUGUGAAGAUUUUGAGUUUAGGACAGCACUGACUGAUGCUAGCCUUAAGGCUCUAGCUGCCAGCUGCCCGAUGCUUCAGGUUGUUGAGCUCACUUUCGCAUUCUGCGAACCCGACUGGCCUACCGAAAUAGGCUUCACACAAGAGGGUAUUGUGACGCUCAUCCAAUCUUGCCCAAUUCGCUCUCUUUUGCUAAAUGGUGCCAGCAUUUUGUAUGACGAGGGGAUGAAGUGCCUCUCAUCCUCACAGUUCCUGGAGAAGCUCGAGCUCGUGGAUUGCAGAUCUAUAACUGAUGCUAGUAUGAAUUUCAUUAUUCAGGCUCCUUGCUUGAGCAAUCUCACACUCCGCAAAUGCAAGAAAGUGACAGAUAAUGGAAUGGCUGCAUUGGCACGUUCACAGAAGUUGGACUCACUGACCGUUAUAGGCUGCCACUGGGUCUCUCACGAAGGUGUGCAGGGUGCUGCCAAAUCAGUCCGCUACUCGGCAGAGAUUGAAAGCCAUGACAGCCUAAAAGGUAUGUGCAUCAAAAGGAAUGGACGCAAGACAUACCAAUCGAGCAUGGGUGUAGUCUUUGGUCGUUACUUUGACGAUUGA